ACACACACUUGUGGCUCUGAAGGCACAGAGGCGCUGCGCGAAUAGGGAACGUAUGAAAUAGAAGAUAAAGAUAAACGCACAGACUGAUAUCUUUGAGGUUCAUACAUUUAAUCGCAUCUCUGCAGAAGCUGCUAUGCCUCACGUUGCAAACCCGAACUGGCGGCUUGUGCUGUUCGCGCCCGUGACGAUUCCGCUGACGCGCCACUAGCCGCACCACCCCGGAGACAGAGGAGAGCUGUGAGCGACGGAACGAGCAGGGGACUGACUGGAAACCGGUCUCUCUUUCUCUUUCUUUUCUCCUUCCCUGACGACCGUGGACGGAAGCCUGCUGCAAAGUCCCGUGGACGAAACGAGCGUGAUAUUUAACAAUUCACCAGUAGCAUCAUCCAGGCUGUUCUGCAGAGAUGGAGGUACCAGGUUUGGCGCACAACAUCACCAGUCCAUUAAGUCCCUGCGAGGGGAUGAUCAAGGACCUGAGCUUGGACGCCAUACAGCUAUGCGAACGAGAUGGAAGUAAAUCCCAGGAUGGAAGCAUCUCCGAAAUGGAGGAGCUCCCUGUUCCUCAGAACAUCAAGAUCAGCAACAUCACCUGCGACUCCUUCAAGAUCUGCUGGGACAUGGAGCCGCGCAGCAAGGAGCGCAUCACACAUUACUUCAUUGACCUGAACAAGAAGGAAAACAAAAACUCAAACAAGUUCAAACACAAGGAUGUUCCUACCAAGCUGGUGGCCAAGGCAGUGCCCCUGCCCAUGACGGUUAGGGGCCACUGGUUCCUGAGCCCACGCACAGAGUACACCGUGGCCGUCCAGACCGCAUCAAAACAGACUGACGGGGACUACGCCAUCUCAGAGUGGAGUGAGAUCAUCGAGUUCUGCACUGCUGAUUAUUCCACAGUGCAUCUAAACCAGCUGUUGGAAAAGGCAGAGGUCAUCGCUGGCCGGAUGCUGCGUUUCUCUGUCUUCUACAGGAACCAGAAUAAAGAGUACUUUGACCACGCCAGGGAGGUGCAGGAGAACCGGAUGCUGCCAUCAGUGAAAGACAAUAGCGGCAGCCACGGCUCGCCCAUCAGUGGCAAGCUAGAGGGCAUUUUCUUCAGCUGCAACACAGAGUUCAAUACAGGCAAGCCUCCGCAGGACUCCCCUUAUGGCCGCCACCGCUUUGAGGUUCGGGCUGACACGCUCUUCAGCCCAGACACCAACCUGUACUUUGGAGACUUCUACUGCAUGUAUACAGCCUACCACUAUGUUAUCCUGGUCCUGGCGCCAAAGGGCUCCAGGGGUGACGACUUCUGUAAGCAGAGGCUUCCUGCGCUUGACAUCACCAACAACCGUUUCCUUACCUGCAAGCAAGGUGAAGAGGGUGACAGCAGUCUGGUGUUUCACCAUGCCCAGGAUGUCAUCCUGGAGGUGAUCUACACGGAGCCUUUAGACCUGGCGUUGGGCACGGUGGCUGAGAUCAGCGGGCACCAGUUGAUGAGUAUGUCCACAGUAAAUGCCAAGAAGGACCCCAGCUGUAAGACCUGCAACAUCAGUGUGGGACGCUAAGAAAAGGCAGAAUGUAGGAGAGGGAGGGAAGGACUAGAGGCGACUGACCUCUACACACACACACAGGAAGUCCACAUGUACUGAUGAAGCAGACCAACACAUGCAUGAAGCAGCAGAUUUAGUAGGCUCCCAGACAUGCACACCAACAUAUCUAUGACACCGUUCUGUACUCUCAAGAGACCAUCAUUCCCAAAGAAGAGUGGAGAAAAAAAGAGGAAGGUACACACUCUGACACCUGCACCAUUGUCUCCUCAACUGAAAAGGGUUUACGUAUGAAAACAUACGUAAAACUGAACAAUCUAAACCCGGGACACCAACAACACAGAUCCAUCCAUCCUGCAAGUCAAUACUGGUGUACUGACUAAACCCUUUAACUGUACUAACAAAGAUGGGCUGCUUCUAUUCAAUUUCCUGUUGUAUAUUUUAAUAAGUUGUCCCAUAUUUUGUUAACAACUUUUGCCUUGUUAUUAUUGAUAUGCUAUUGAUCAAGUGUCCACUGUGUGUGGACAAGCAGUUUGUUGUUUCCAUUUAGUUUGACUGUUUGUCUUUUUAGAAAUGUUUUGUUCUCAU